AUGGACGGACCUCCUGUGGAAGGCGGCGAGCCUGAGGAACGUGUUUUUCGUCAUGAGGAUGUUUCCGUUCAAGAAGUGCCCGAGGAGGCAAGGCAUCGUCAGGAGGUGAAGAUUGACGAGACGAUGGAUGAGCCCUGCUACGAGACACCAGUGUCACAGAUAGCUCAACAGGAUGAGGGACAGCACGGAAGCCAGGGAAGCCAUGUUGAUCAGGCGCGUUCGGCCGGAUCAACCGCUGGCGGGCAGCGACCUGUACCUGUUGAGCUGGACGUGACGAGUUUGCAAACCGCUGCGGAAGGUGGGCGUGCGGAAAGGGCAAGACAGGUUUCUCCAGAGCAGAGGAAGGAGGAUGUCAGCCAGAUAUCGCGUUCGCUGCAGUAUAUGACGGGUUUGCUUACCAACUUGGUGACUCGGGUGGACCGAGUAGAGCAGCGUCAAUCGACGAGUGGUUCGGUGGCGCCUCAAAGCACGGAUGAGGGCUCUCAACUUACUCCGUCCGUAGCCACGCCGGGUGUGCACCCCAGCUGGGACGAGGUGGAUCGUCUUGGGGGACAAGUUUCUGCGCUGGCUUUGGGAAGUGGUGUGCCGCUUGGCGGUAUGGAGCCGCCCCCUGGAAUGGAGUGGAGACCUUUGGCGCCUGUGUCAAGAAUGCUGGAAGGGACUUUCAGCAGCGAUAGCAGCACUACGGCUCGGCGUCGAAUGGAAGAAGCUCUACGACUGGCCUCAGCCGAUGGAAGUGGAGAGGUUGCCUUCAAGAGAGCAGGAGGUGAUGGGGUCGUCCAGUAUGUCCCGGCCCUACCCAGCAUCGGAGCUCUCGAGUAUGUCAAGGCCUCAACCGUCAAUGGAGCUUUCGGGUAUGUCAAGGUCUCAACCGUUGAUAGAGCUUUCGGGGAUGUCCAGACCUCAGCAGUCAAUGGAGCUUUCAAGUAUGUCAAGGUCUCAACAGUCAAUGGAGCUUUCGGGUAUGUCCAGGCCUCAGCGGACAAUGGAGCAGUCAAGCGUGUCCGAAACUCAACAGGCAUCGGAGCUUUCCAGUAUACCCAGACCUCAACAGGCAUCGGAGCUUUCCAGUAUACCCAGACCUCAGCAGGCAUCGGAGCUUUCCAGUAUACCCAGACCUCAGCAGGCAUCGGAGCUUUCCAGUAUACCCAGACCUCAGCAGGCAACGGAGCUGUCCAGUAUACCCAGACCUCAGCAGGCAUCGGAGCUUCAAAGUAUGUCGGCGGACCAAACGUGUCCCGCGGAGGUGGGGGUUUGGUGAUUGGUGCUCCUCCAGUGGGUUUGGUUAUGGUGGAUGGAGUGUGGCGCGAAUACCGCAUGGUGCGAGGGCAAAUGGUGGUGCAGCCAGUUUACGAUAGUGGGGUUGGAGGAACGCCGAUUCCUCCGCCUCCUCCUUCUACGCCUUUGACGAGCUCUACGGUGUCUGGAGGUGGGAAUAUGAGUGAUGACGUGGAGGAGCCAUCGAAGUUGGUUACACGUCUUCCUUCGCUACCCUCGGCAAAAGGGGGUGAUGCUGCGGUGGUGGCCGGUGACUGGUUGGCUCAACUGGAGCCGAGCAUGAGUUCGUUGUCAUCAACGGCGGCAACUUGGUGGUCGUCUCUGAUGGAGCGGGUCAAGGAUUUGUAUGGGCUUUGGCUGGAAAGCGCCCCAGUGGCGCGGCUGACGAUCCGUCAGCAGGUGUUGACACGGCGUCCACCGCCUGAUCGGCAUCAUCGCGUGGAGCAGCGGGCGGCUAUGCUUUUGCUGGACGCGCUUCCGGAGGAGUUGCGUCAUGAGGCGGUGAGUGCUCGAGCUGUCACUGCAGAAGCAAUGGUGUUCAUGGUGCACUGCGCUUACCAGCCAGGAGGAGCCGGAGAAAAAGCGCAUCUUUUGCAGUUCCUCACGGUGCCGGAGACGGGCAAUGGCUUGGAGAAUACUCUCCUUUUGGCCCGAAAGUGGAUCCGCUUGUUUCGUCGGGGUCGCGAGUUGCAGGUGGUUCUUCCUGAUCCCAGUUUGCUUUGCAGAGGGCUUGACAAGCUGGUGAGUGCUACCUUUUCAGGCAACAAGCAUCCCUCGGCGUCCUUCAGGAUUGCUUCCUUCAGGCUGGAAAGGCAGCUUGAGUACCGAGCAACAGCGGUGGACAUUGAAGAUUACGCCUAUCUCAUCCUCGGUGAGUUGGAGGCGGCUCAGCUUGCCCAGCCCCUUUCGUCCCAGCCUAAGGUGGCCCGUCUUGACGAUCACUCCAGCACCGUGGAUGACAAGGACAAGGACAAGGACAAGGGCAAGGGCAAGGCAAAAGGAAAGAG